AUGAGUAUCAUUUUCCAACUCUGCUCGAAGACCAACCCGACAAUGGCUAAGGACCACUUCACCAAACAGCACGCCCGCAGCGGUCACCGCACGGAGCCCAAGUCUCAGAAUCCUUACCUGCGUUUGCUCGUGAAGCUCUACCGCUUCCUCGCUCGCCGCACCGAAUCUGGCUUCAACAAGGUCAUUCUCAAGUCCCUGUUCCUGUCCAAGAUCAACCGCCCUCCCGUGUCUCUUUCGGCCAUCUCCCGUGCUCUCCAGCAGAAGGGUGCCGAGAACAAGACCGUUGUCGUUGUUGGUACCGUCACCGACGACAACCGUCUCUUCGAGACCCCCAAGGUCACCGUCGCUGCUCUCCGCUUCACCGAGGGUGCCCGUGCCCGCAUCCUCAAGGCUGGCGGUGAGGUCCUCACUCUUGAUGAGCUUGCCCGCCGUGCCCCCACCGGCCAGAACACUCUUCUGCUCCGUGGCCCCCGCUCCCACCGCGAGGCCGUCCGCCACUUUGGCUUCGGUCCCCACAAGGGUAAGGCUCCUCGCAUCAUGUCCAAGGGCCGCAAGUUCGAGCGUGCUCGUGGUCGCCGGAAGUCCCGUGCCUUCAAGGUCUAA